AUGUGGCUGGCGCCCGCACUGGUUCUGUGCUGCGUUGCGGCCGCGGCCGCCUGCGCGCCCUACGAGUACUACGACGCGGCAGCGCUGGCGAACGUCAGCGCGAGGUUUGGUGCCCCGUACACCAUCCUUGCGAAGCCUUCGCCGUCUCUGUCGCUUGACGGGAACCAUUUGGAGUUCACAGCCAGACUCCGCACAUCGUGCGCACACGUCGCGCCCCAGUUUUCCAUCUCUUCCGAGGCGCACCGGCUCGGAAUGAUUCUUGUGGCAGUCCGCGGCGAGGCGGCCUGCAGCAGCUUGCAGGGAACGGAGGUGGAGUGGACCGGGCGAGUGACUGUCCGAAUUCCGAAGGCCGCUGGUGGAGUGCCGCGGCUGUUGGCCUUUCCCCCCGGCUCCGACUACGAGCUCUGGAAGAUCGAUCCCGUUGUGGCCAGGCCCCCGGUUUCAGCAGACCUGCGCCUCUAUGUACACCGAGCCCAGCCAAAGAUCGACAACCCCAAUGGGCCCUGCAGCACCAUGCUGACCGUGGCACCCAGCACCAGCAUGGUGGAGGUAAUGGCCCUGGCCACACAGAUCCUCGGCGUCCGCGUGGUGGCGCUAAGGGCAGAGGAGGACCCCAGCAGCGAGCUUCACACCCUAGCCGACCGGGCCAGUCUCCUGGCCUUUGAGGCCAAGACGCUGCCGGGAGCCGAGGCAAGACUUUCCCUCAGCAUGGCGCCUGGGCCGCCUGCAAACGACCAGGUGGAGGAGCACAACUGCAGCAGUGAUCCGGUGGAGGAGGUCCCGGUGCCGUACAUCUUCAGCCAGCUGUGA